AAAAUGAAUGGGUUGAAUCUCGUCUUUAUUAUCUUACUGGAGAAGAAAUAAGAGUCAAGUUGUGUAUUGAUUUUUUAUUUUUUCCCCCUCAGUUUUCUCUGGAAACAAACGAGGGUAUAUGAUUGUAGUGUGCUCGUUUUGAAUCUCAAUUAAGAAAUGACAAGGGAUUAUGCAGAUCCCAAAUGGCAUGCCAGGCCAUUCAUUCAUGGACAUAGUGGGUGUUUUCCUUGAUCUAGCUAUUGCUCAUCUCUUACUCUAUGCAUCCGCUCUUGCAUUUUUCGCCUCCAAAUUUCUGGGUUUGUCGGGGCUUUCCUUACCAUGUCCUUCUAAUGGCCUAUUUGGCAACGCCAAUAGCAAUUACUGCUUGAAGAGGCUGUUAAUUGAUUGCCCAAUUGAGACAGUCUCUUCUGUUCAACUGCCUGUGAACACAAAGUUCCCCUUUCAUUCAAUUGGCGCGAAAAACCCAGAUUGCCAAUUGAAUUUGAAGUUGAUUAAAGAUCAAACCAAUUGUGUUGAUGGGUUUGUUGAAAUGGAAGGCGAAGUGUCUUGUAGCUCAAUAUCGGGUGCUAGGAAGUUGGAAAAUGUGGAUGAGAAGGACUUUAUUUUGAGGAAUGAGUUGGUUAGGGGGUUUGAUGUAGUGGAUUCAUCAGUUCAUGUCAAGAAGGGAGGGUUUGAUCUCAAGGGUAAGGGGAUUGUAAAUCAGGAGGCCAAGGAAUGGUUUUAGGCGACGUCGAAAAGGUCUUGCUGAUUAUGCAAAAGUUUCACCUGUUUCUUAUGACCCUUCAUAUGCAAAUGAUCAGUCACAUUUUAGCAUUGAUUGUAAAGGGAAUAAUGAGAUUGAAUGCAGUUCACUGCCUGUCGGCUCUGGAGCUGAUGCUCAUCACUUUAAUUAUGACGAGGACACUCCAGUUGUUAAGAAUUUUGGGGAUAGAGCUUCACAUGGCUUUCAGUUGGAUGAAACUCUUCGUGAAAAGAAACUAGCUGAGAAAAGUGAAUCAUCCUAUGAAGAGAUAAAGAGUAAUGUGCAGAAGGAACUGGGUUAUGAAGGUAAUGAGAAAAAUGCAAUCAGAAUUUUGGAACAGCCACUUGAAGAAGAGCACGUUGCUCGUGCUGUUCUUUACCUUGAGCUUGAGAAGGAGAGAAGUGCUUCUGCUACAGCUGCAGAUGAGGCCAUGGCUAUGAUACUGCGCCUACAAGACAAGAAGGCAUCCAUAGAAAUGGAGGCUUGGCAAUACCAGAGGAUAAUAUAAGAUAAAUUUGCUUAUGAUGGUGAAGAAAUGAACAUCCUUAAAGAAAUUCUUGUGAGGAGACGGAAAGAGAAGCAUUUCUUGGAAAGGGAAGUUGAAGCUUAU